AUGAAGUGUGAAAUUUUCCUCCUCAUUGCCUGUGCCACCCUCAGCCUAGCCGCCCCGCAAAGGUCUGACGCUGAGGCAGAAAUCAUCCAGCAAGACAACGUCAUCGAUCCGGACGGCACGUACCAGUACAGUUACGAAACGGCCAACGGUAUCCGAGGUCAGGAAACGGGAACUCUCAAGCGGGCGAACAGUCCGGACACCAGCGACGUAAUCGUGGCGUCCGGCUCGGUCAGCUACAACGCCCCCGACGGCAGCGUGAUCGAGCUCACCUACACGGCCGACGACGAGAACGGCUUCCAGCCAUCCGGUGCGCACCUCCCGACCCCGCCGCCCAUCCCGCCCCAGAUCCAGAAGGCGCUGGACUAUCUGGCCAGCCUGCCACCGGCCACCCAGCGACGCUAG